GCUCCUCCGGUGUCAUGGCGCCUCUGUCCACAUCCUGAAUGUUGCUGAGAGACACGCCACCUCUCACAACCACCUUUCUGCGUGACUUCUGCCGGCUCUGCGCUGCGGGGAAGAACCGUGAGCGACCAUCAGGUCGCACCAUGGUGACGGAGGCAGUGACCUUUAAGGAUGUGGCUGUGAACUUCACUGUGGAGGAGUGGGCUUUGCUGGAUUCAUGCCAAAAGAAGCUCUACAGAGAUGUGAUGUCAGAGACACUUCAGAACAUGGCUGCCAUAGGAGAAAACUGGAAUGACCAGCAAAUUGAAGAUGAAUGCAAAUAUUGGAGGAGAAAUCUAAGAAGUGAAGAGGUAGAAAAGUGUUGGGAAUGCAAAUUAUGCUGUCAACAUAGAGAAGUGUUUGUUUGGACUCCAGAUCCUCAUAUGAACAUGCAACCACUUGGUACAAAACCAGCUGAAAACCUUGCUUGUAGAAUUCCCCUGAUGAGUCAUUCAUCAUUAAAUGUGCCUAUCCGAACUCCCACUACCCUUAAAUCAGGGGAGAAUCAGGUAUUUGAAGACAAGGUUUCCAACUCUAAUGAACAUGGGAGAACUUGCAGUAAUUUCCAGACCCUUCAACAGGAUGCAAGAAUAAACCCUGAAGAGACACCCUGUGAAUAUAAGCAAUGUGGGAAAUCUUACUCUGAUUGCACUGAAGGAAUUCACAUUCAAGAGAAGCCCUUUGCAAGUAAGCAAGAUGCAAAAGACUUCAGUACACUCAAUUAUUUUCAGCUUCCUGAAAAAAAUCACAGUGCAAUGAAUAUUUCUGUAUAUACUCAAGAUGGAAGAGCUUUAAAUUUUCACCACAGUAAUCAAAUACAUGAAAGGGAUCACAGAGGAGAAAAACCCUAUAUAUGUCAACACUGUGGGAAAGCUUUCACUAAUAACUCUUCAUUUUGUAGACAUGAAAGAACUCACAAGGUGGGUAAACCUUAUGUAUGCAAGCAAUGUGGGAAAACAUUUCUUCAUUGUAGUUCAUUAUGUAGACAUAAAAGAACUCACACUGGACAGAAACCGUAUGUUUGCAAGCAGUGUGGGAAAGCUUUCACCACAUCCAGUCAUUGUCAAACACAUGAAAGAUCUCACACUGGAGAGAAACCUUAUGUAUGUAAGCAAUGUGGAAAAGCAUUUCCUUAUCACAGUUCAUUUUAUAAACAUAAAAGAAUUCACACUGGGGAGAAACCCUAUCUAUGUAUGCAGUGUGGGAAAGCCUUCACUAAUUCUAGUUCAUUUUGUAGACAUAAAAGAACUCACACUGGAGAGAAACUCUAUAUAUGUAAGCACUGUGGGAAAGCUUUUAGCACACAUGGUUGUUGUCAAAUCCAUGAAAGAACUCACAGUGGUGAUAAACCCUAUGUGUGUAAACAAUGUGGGAAAGCUUUCACCACACACAUGCAAUAUAAAAUACAUGAAAGAAAUCACACUGGAGAGAAACCCUAUGUGUGUAAGCAAUGUGGGAAAGCUUUCAGUACACUCAUUCAAUGUCAGAGCCAUAACAGAACUCACACUGGGGAGAAACCUUAUGUAUGUAAACAAUGUGGAAAAACAUUUCCUUACAAAAGUUCACUUUAUACACAUAAAAGAAUUCACACAGGGGAGAAACCCUAUGUAUGUAAGCAAUGUGGGAAAGCUUUCACCACUCAUAGUCAUUGUAAAAUACAUGAAAGAAUUCACACUGGAGAGAAACCCUAUGUGUGUAAGCAGUGUGGGAUAGCUUUUAUCACAUUCAGUCUAUGCCAACUGCAUGAAAGAACUCACACUGGAGAGAAACCCUAUGUAUGUAAGCAAUGUGGGAAAGCUUUCAGCAGACACAGUCUUUGUCAAAGACAUGAAAGAACACAUACUGGAGAGAAACCUUAUGUAUGUACACAUUGUGGAAAAACUUUCAGGCAAAAAGGUCAUUGUAAAAUACAUGAAAGAAUUCACACAGGGGAGAAACCUUUUGUGUGUAAGCAGUGUGGAAAAGCAUUCAUUGCACAGAGAUAUUGUCAAAUACAUGAAAGAAGUCACACUGGUGAGAAACCCUACAUGUGUAAAGAAUGUGGGAAAGCUUUUACUACACGUGGUCAUUGUCAAAGACAUGAAAGAACUCAUCGGUGCAAUAUAAAGGAAAAACCAUACAAAUGUAAGAAGAAUGGGGAAGCUUUCACCACACAGAGUGAAUGUCAAAUACAUGAAAGAAAUCACACUGUGAAGAGACCUAUACAUCUGAUCUAGUCACAGAAGCCUUCAGUUAUUCCAGGAAUCAUAGACAUUAACAAAGUCACAGACAAUUAACUGUGAGUACAUAAUGUGACAUGCUUCCAUGAAAGGAUGCACAGUGGAGAGAAGCCCUUUGUAAGGGAUAUGGAAAAUCUUUAGUACACACAGGUAUUAAAUGUAUAAAAGAAUUCAUAGUGGAGAACAUCUGAACACAUGUGAAUCAUGUGAGAAACAUUGUAUUUUCCCCAAUACAUUUACAUACAUGAAAGAAUAUGCAUGGGGAAAAGCCAUGUGUAUCAGGCAGUGGUUACUAGAGAAACAUUUAAUACAAAAUAUACAAAUACAUUGUAAAGAAAAAUUUAUAAGAUUGGCUUAUAAUGGCCUCCCACAGAGUCAGGUAUGGUAGAGUGCAAAAAGUGUCUGCACAUUAGAAAUUCAAAGGAUUUUGUCAAGGGCAUGGAUCUCAGUGUAGUGUCCUGUGCAGAUCCAUAUCAGGAGGCUGAACGUUCUGCACUGGAAGGCUGAAGUCUGGACUGGAAGUGAUGAGAGGAGGAGCAAGGUCAAGGUGAAGACUGGAGUUCCUCCAAAGAAAUAGAAGGAAGCCUUCCUUCUUUGUUUCCCUUUUAUACCAUCCUGGUCACAGUUCUCCCUAGGGUGGAUUUUCUGCAUCCACAAUAAUGAAUGCAGAGCCAGUUUAGGUGGGUGUUUCUUACCCUAGUUGACACAAUCAGUUGUGUAUCACAAUGCACCCUUUGUCACCUUGACAACCAGAUAUGUUUUUCAAACCAUAGUCCCAGAUACAAAGACAAGUUCAUAAUUAGGCCUAACAUGUUAUAGCUAUGUUGCAGACAAGCAAAUACACUGAUUCUCUCCCCAGUGUAGAAGGGAGGUUUUCUUUGUGUGAUGCUUAUUCCUAACAUUUCAUAAAUUGAACCUUUAACAUAAGUUUAACAAUAUUUGAGAAACUGUUAAGUCUAUCAACAUUAUGUUACACUGGAAGAAUAUUAAGAGAGGACUUACAGCCUUUGUUUCUGUGACUGAUCAAGGGGUCACAGCUGGUAUUUAGAACUAGUUUGUACUACCCAUUCUGUAUUCCCUUGGCCUUCAGCAAGCACCUCAGCAGGUCUUGGUUCUGUCCCUGGUGGGGUAACUCAUUUUUUCAUUCCUGAGGGUUCUGGGCAAUUUCACAUUCUGCUUGGAUUGAUUCGUUGUUUCUCUAUUGACUUUAAUAACAGCUCAUGGUAGUACUAGUAGGUGACCUCAGGGACCUCCUGAAACUCUAAAUAUAUUCUUCCUUUCCUCAU